CCUCCGCGCCGCGCCGGCUCCUGCGCGCCUCCCCGGGUCCGAGCUGAGCCGCGCCUAGCCCAGCGCGCCAUGGCCGCGCCGGUGACCGCCUGGCUCCUGCCGCUGGCCUUGCUGCUCCAUGCCGUCGCGGCUCUCCAGCCGAGCCCGUUCCGGAUGUCGCCGCUGGGUAGGACCUGGAGUCUGGGCGAGCCAGUGGAGCUGAGGUGCGAGGUGCUGCUGCACAGCUCGACGACAGGCUGCUCGUGGCUCUACCAUCCGCGCGGGCCCGCCGCGAGCCCCAUCUUCCUCCUGUACGUUUCCCCGAACCGGCUCAGGUUGGCCGAGGGGCUGGACACCCAGCAGUUCCACGCCGAGAGGAUCCGGGACAGCUACUUCAGCCUUAGACUAAAACGCUUCCGCGAGAAGGACGAAGGCUACUAUUUCUGCUCCGUCAUAAGCAACCAGAUACUGUACUUCAGCACCUUCCUGCCGGUCUUCCUGCCAGCGAAGCCCACCACGACGCCCGCGCCGCGACCACCGACGCCGGCCCCCGCCACCACGUCGCAGCCCAAGUCCCUGCGCCCAGAAGUGUGCCGGCCCGCGCCGGGCAGCUCAGUGGACACGAGGGGGCUGGACUUCGCCUGUAAUAUCUACAUCUGGGCGCCCUUGGCCGGGGCCUGCGGCGUCCUUCUGCUGUCACUGGUCAUCACCGUUAUCUGCAACCACAGGACCAGAAGACGUGUUUGCAAAUGUCCUAGGCCCUUGGUCAGGCCAGGAGGCAAGCCAAGCCCUGCAGAGAGAUAUGUCUAACCCUGUGCGACAGCCACUACAUGACUUCCAACUGAGAUUUCACCUUAUGAAGGGAGCACGUCUUUCCCUUUAAUUUUUUUCCAGUUUUCCUUAUGUAUUAAUUCUCAUGAUUAUUACUGUAGUGGGGGUGGGGUGAGAAGGGUUGCUUUUUCUUUAUGUGUCUGAUGCAAAACAAAACCAUGUAACAUCUACGGUGCACCGCAAGGGUCAUAAUAGCGUUGUGCACACAUAUCGGGGUAAAGGGCGGAAAGGGGCAGGCCAGACCGGAGAGCUGUGUUCUCAGACUCGUGCUGACAGCGCUGGAGGAACCUCUUCCCCGCCCAUUUCACAAAGGAGGAGGCUAAAGACCAGCGAUGGGAGCAGCUUGGUCACAGUCACACGGCAAGUCAAGGUUGGAGCCAGAGGAACCUUACCUCCCAGCUCAGGGCUCUUUCCUCCACACCAUGCAGGUCUUUCUUCCUGAGGCCUCUGUUGAGAGGCUGGGGUCGGGGGUGGAGGGUGGGGAGUGGGGAGGAGUCUCAAUCCGCAAAGGAACAAGUAUUUCUUGAGCACCUAUGAUAUACCCAUUACUGUACCCAGAGCCUUGAGGUAAUGAAAUAAAACAAGAAAACGUCUGCCUUUGGCAGAGGUCUGUAAUGUAGAUGAACAACAUCAGACCUUUUCAUAAUCAAGAGUGAAAUUGUAUAGAAAGUACGAAUUCCUAAAAUGAAGUGUAGGGCUGAACGGAAUCCUGGAAAGUGAAUCCCUCCACCUCUAAAGGAAAGCUUGUGGAACCCCUCCCUGGAGGCAAGAUUGCCCUCCCAGGCCUUGCGCUGCAGAGGGACUUGUGAAAGAGGAGAGGCCACCCCUUCACAAAUACAACUUGAGCAUCAGUAAAGCCGAACACAGCCCUCCUCCUGGACCUCUAAAUUUGAGAUACCAGAUUUGAACAUGCUCCUGGGAUCACGGAUGACUUUUUACGUUUUGUAAAGAUAGAAUUGUUAGGGAGCUGCCGGCCCAGCUGUGGCCUCUGCUCAACCAGGUGUGGGAAUGAGGCAGACCAGGCUCUCGUGAGGAGGCCAAAAGCCACAACUGCUGCUCCCAGUGCACAUUUCCUCUCUUACAGUAUUGCACAAGCGACACCUGCUUGUUAAGAGAAAAAAACUUACGUAGAUAAGGCAAUAAGAAUCGCCUAUAAUUCUUUCUUUACCUCAGGUAUAAUCCACUAUUAAUAUUAUAGUGUCCAUUCUUCCUGGGUAUUUUCUAUGCCUAUAUAUAUAUAAAAUAGGUGUCUUGUUUUUUAAAAUGGGAUUGUCGUAUGCUUUUAUAUGUGGCUUUAAUGAAUAUAUAUGUGGCUUUAAUGAAUAAACAUUUAUAGCAUCCUUUUUAAUGGCUAAAUCGCAUUCCUUUUUUGGUUGUGCCAUCACUUAUUUAACUAUUACCUGGCAUUUGUUUCCAACUUUUCACCACUCUAAUAACACUACCAAAAUUUUGCACACGUCUUUGUUUCUUUAGGAUAGAUACCGAAAAGUGAAAUGAUUGGGCCAGUCCUCACCUUUGCCCUGGACCCAUUUUCACAUUAACCAAAACAAUUAGCUUCUUCCUGCAUCACCUUCCUUCCUUUUGUUCCUUCUUGGUAACAGAUGAGAUUAUACUUCUCUCAUAAUAAGUCACAAACUCUUCAUCUUGUUGAAGUAAAAUAUACAUACUGAAAAGUGCACAAGUCGCUAAGUGUACAGCUCGAUGGCACCAGAAAGCAAACAUUCCCAUAUAACCAGCAUGUGAAAAACAGAAGUUUGUCAGCCCUCCAGAAGCCUGCCUUCCACUACUUUAAUUUAUAAAACUAAGGUACUUUUAGAGAACAGAAAGCAAGACAACGAACUGUGUAUGGGAAAGCAGAAGAGAAAUCUGAGAAAUUUCCUAUGCCCCUCCUGUGUAGGCCUAAAGCACACUCAGGGUGUGGAUUUAGGCAUAGGGUUCACUGGUGACCACAGCAUGCAACCGGUUUGUACUGCACAUAUAGGAGCACCCCACAAUUCGAAGCUGCAAGCCUCAGGCCCAAUAAAAUUUCAUUUGCCAAUUGGCUAGCCUGAAGCAUUAAUUCUAAAAAUCUUUUAUGUGGAAGAUGUCCACAUUUUUUUUUACUCAAAAACAGUAAGUAGAGAAAUGAUUCCUUUAUUAUACUGUGUAAACUUGGUAUUGGCAGGUUGGAAUCUAGCCUCAAUGUAGUCCAUUUAACAAACAUUCAUUUAUUUAACAAAAACAUAUCCUAUUUGUAUAAGAAAAAAGCCAGAGAGAGAAAAUUGUUAUUUCCUUCUCCUGCUGUUAAACUGCUUCUAAGAAAGCCCACUUGGAAAUCCCCUGUGAAUCUUCACCAGCAGGCCAAGAAGUCUCCCUUUUCUACCAGCUGAAGCUUCCCCUCCCUCCUGCCCUGGGCCUGUGUGCGAAUCCUCUCUGCACACAGUUUUAUGACUAUCUGGGGCAGGUACCACCUAACCUGCUCCUAAAAGCACCAGAGAGAACAAAAGGAGGCCACAAUAGCAUAGUGGCUAAAUACAGAGACUCUAAAUCAAUCUCCUGGCUCUGCAACUUAUUAACUGUGUGUUCUCUGGCAAAUAACUUAAUGUCUUGAUAACUCAAGUUUCCCCACUCGUAAAAUGGAGGUAAUAUCAGUAACAGUCCCUACCUUGAAGAGACCAUGACAAUGAGUUUAUACAUAUUUUUUAAUUGCCUAGAGCAGCUCCUGGAACAUGGUAAACAAACAAUAAAUGUAUGCUGAAAGAAUGAACUCUGUACUGCAUUUUUCAAAAUUGGGUCAUAUUGAUUACACUCUGAAUGCAGCCAUGUGUCUGAUUCUUCCCAUUUCUAUUCCCCCCAAAAAGGGUAGACAGUAAUCCUUCCUGAUGGAUGGAUGUUGUUAUACACACCCAGAGAUCUCAGCACCCCAGUGCACAGGAGGGUGAUCCUUCAUGUGUUUCACAAAAGCUCAGUCCCAGACGCCACCCCUGACAGCACUGUGUCCUUUGAAGUUCCCCUCAGCUGCCUCAAAUCCUGAGUGCCACCACCUGCUCUGCUGUUGAUGGCUAUGGCUAUCCAUUCCACCAGGAUGUUCUGGGCAGCUGGCGAAGACUGGGCAGAGUUGGAAAAGAAUGUUCUGAGUCAUUCUGCCAUCUCAGCACCUACUGAAGCCCCCCCCACAUCCCUUCAGACAUAUCUCGCCUCUGCAAGUCAGCUACCAAUUCUCCUUUUCCUGUUCCCCUUUAGCUGACUGAAGAAUGGAAAUGUCAUUUGUCUUUUGAUUGACCUAAUAAAAGCUACCUGCUAUUUAGCAUUCACCAUGGGUCAGCAUCUCUUUUAGGUCUCAUUAAAACUAUGAGGCAGAAGGCCAGGCGUGGUGGCUCACACCUGUAAUCCUAGCACUCUGGGAAGCCAAGGCGGGAGGAUCA